AUGUCGACCGUCGACGAAGCCUCGUCUCUGAUCUGCGACCUGUGCGACGCGUUCUACAAGCAGGGAUGGGUGUCCGGCACAGGGGGUGGCAUCUCCAUAAGGACGCCCGCAGGCAUCGUGGUGGCGCCCUCCGGCGUGCAGAAGGAGCGCAUGCUGCCGGCCGACAUGUUCGUGCUGGACGAGGAGGGGGAGAUCACGCGGUGCGGGGCGCAGAGGCCGGGUAGCUCGAAGGCCCCAAAGCUCAGCGAGUGCGCACCGCUGUUCAUGGCGGCCUACAAGCUUAGGAAUGCAGGAGCCGUCAUUCACAGCCACUCGAUGCAUGCCAUGCUUGCGACCCUCGUCGAUGAGGAAUCCACUGAAUUCAGUGUCACGCAGCUGGAAAUGAUCAAGGGCAUCGCCGGGCACGGAUAUUACGACAACUGUGUAGUGCCCAUCGUUGAGAACACUGCCCGAGAGUGUGAGCUCACGGGCAGGCUGUCGGAGGCAAUAAGGCUGUACCCAAAGACCAGCGCAGUUCUGGUUCGGAGACAUGGGGUCUAUGUUUGGGGCGACUCCUGGAUCCAGGCGAAAACCCAGGCAGAAUGCUAUCACUACCUGUUUGAGGCUGCUGUUGCGAUGCGCCAAAUGGGUGCAAGGGUAAAAGAGGUCCCAAGGGGAGCUGCUGGCAAUGGAUGCACAGCUGCCAUAGGCCGACCAACCAAAAGGGCACGAUUGGAUCACAUCCGCCAGCCAUUGAAGGUGGUUGUGCUGGACAUAGAGGGCACUGUGUCGCCACUGUCUUUUGUGGCCGAAACCAUGUUCCCCUAUGCCAUGCGCUACAUGCAGGAACACCUGACACAGUCCUACACCACAGACCAGACUAAAAGAGUCGUGGAGGCCAUAAGGAAGCAGGCAGCUGAGGACAAAGCGUCUGGUCUCAGCGACAUUGUGAUUCCCCCUGCCACUGAGACGCCUGAGAUAGUGAUCUCUGCCUGCUACAAGUGGGCCAUGGGUGCUUCUGAAACCAACAGGAAAGUGGCUGCACUGAAGAACCUCCAGGGACACAUCUGGAGGAAAGGCUUCUCAAGUGGCGAACUUGUGGCGCCGCUGUUCCCUGAUGUGCUGCCCGCGCUUAAGGCAUGGAAAGAGAACGGCGUCAAGGUCUACAUUUACUCCAGCGGGUCAAGAGAGGCACAGAGGCUUUUUUUCGCACACACACAGGUUGGCAACCUGCAUGACUACACAUUGGGUUUUUUUGACACAACGGUGGGCCCGAAAUUCGAGCCCAGCAGCUAUGAAAACAUUGCACUGACUGUCGGCGUGGAGGAUCCCAGCCAGAUCUUGUUCAAGACAGACGCUUUGCACGAGGCACAAGCGGCCAGCGCCGCUGGCUGGCGUGCCGUGCUAGUCGACCGACCAGGAAAUGCCCCCAUUGACGCCAAGCACAGCUUCGAAGUGGUGACAUCGCUCACAGAGAUCAGGGAGUAA